UACGUUUGGUUUGUACUUCCGGUGUGAAAGGUCACAUCAAAAUGGCGCCGCCCAAGAAGAAACAUGCUAGUGGGCAGCCUUGUAUCAUUCCUGGAGGAUUUGCAGUCUUGUCCCUGAAGUUCAGCUCCGACUCUCCUGCUCAACACAAGGUUUAUGUGAAAGAACACAGAGUUCGAGCGGAGAAGAAUUCACACAGACCUCUGGACCGGACGUUGUUUGUCCUCAACAUCCCCCCGUACUGCUCAGAGGCCGUGGUCAGAGAGUUAUUCUCACAGUUCGGCUGCGUUCAGUCGGUGGAGCUCAGAGACCAUCCAGGCUCCGUCCAGGAGUCCGCACCCAAACUGAGCAAGUUCUUCAGACCAGCUGAGAAAACGGGUUUCAAAGUUGGAUAUGUUGUGUUCCAAGACUCCUCCAGUGUAAAUUCAGCUAAAUCACACCCAGAUGAUUCGCCCCUGGUGGUCUGCACGGAGGAGCGUCCAGUGAAGACAGGCGUACAGAAAUGGAUUCACCAAUACUCAGAGACUUUCAUUAAGCCGGACAAACUACAGCAAAUAGUCGACUCCUUUAUGGAGGGCUACGACAAGCGGAAAAAAGAGGAAGAGCAGCGGCAGAGGAAGGAGGCUGAGCAGGAGCAAGAGGACGAAGAGGGCUGGGUGAAAGUCACGAAAGGGCACAAGGGCGCCAAGGCCCGUCCCCACAGUGAGGCGGCCAACAAGAGGACAUUACAGAAAGAGAUGAGGAAGAAGAAGAGGAAGGAGCUCAUGAACUUCUACACCUGGCAGCAAAGGAACACACAAAAAGAACAUAUUGCUGAACUAAGGAAAAAGUUCGAGGAGGAUAAGCAGAGAAUAGCUCUGCUGAGAGCACAGAGAAAGUUCAGACCUUACUGAGUCAACUACCAAGAUUUCCAUUUGCUCAUUUCACUGCUUCUCUGUUCUCUUCAUUGUAAACCUUUGUUAUAAAGGAAUGUGUUAAUAAACUAUUAUUCUGAUAACGUC